AAUUCAUCGUAUUCUUUUUCUUUAUAAUCCUUUACUGUGUAUAUAACUAAAUUGUCGUUUGUUUCAACCAUAUUUAAAAUAAAAACGUUGAAGGAAUAACACUGUCCCAACAGACGUGGUUUGGCGUCAUUUAAAAACGAUGAAUUAAAAGAAUUUUCCUUAUCGCAACAUACCCUUUUGAACCUAAAUUUGGUUUGCAAUGGAAUAUCAAACGCUGCCUACAUCAAAUAAGAACCAAAAACAACUAAAACAAAAAUCAAAGAAUUAUGUUGAACCGAAAAACAAGCGAAAGCAUUUUGAAUGUUUAAAGCCCAAUGCGGAAAGGUCACGUGAAUCAACAGAGAAAACUAAUUUUAAAAAACAAAGAAAAAGUUUUCAAAACGAUUUCAAUAAAUCUGAAGAGAAUCAAUUCAGCGAAAAGGAUGUUUCCACCUCGCAAAAACGCAAGAAGGUUAAAUUCGAAAAAUUAAUCGUUCGAAAUCCUGCAGCGGAAUUCUUAAAAGAGUGUAAAAAAUUGUAUGCACAACUUUUAUGUUGUAAAACGUUAUCUGAAACAGAAAGAGUAACAUUGGUACAAAAAACUUUGGAUUUUAUCGAUCAAUUCGAUGCCACAAGUGAUGAAGCUUUUUUUGGCAAAGCUCGACUUCUUUCAGUUAACCGAUGUCUGCAAGCUUGCUAUAAACUGGGAAAUUUCUCACAAAAACAGUUAAUGCUACAGCAGCUCGAACCCUUUUUUUUAAAGUUGGCAUAUUCUAACACUGGAUCAUUUUUGUGUAUCAAAAUGCUCAAAUACUCUGAUGAGCCUACAAAAAUUAAACUUUGUAAUGCUUUGUUCGCCGACCCAUUUUCAAACACUGUUUUCUCUCGUUAUGGAUCAAAAGUAGUAGAUUACGCUCUAUCACUUCCUAAGCCUUUUCCCAGUGAAAAAUUUCUACACAAAUUAAUUAACAAAUUAUGUAUUCCUAACGUGAUUGGAUUACAAGUUUCUGAUUAUAAUAAUAAAGAUGCAUACAACAUUUAUCUUGCAGUGGAUGACCGUGGGAAGAAGCAUAUUAAAGAGUAUGUCGAUACCACUAUUACUCGAUGUAUCGAUAAAGAAUUAGCAAACCGUAUUUUCUUUCAUUCUGUAUUUGAGUUUUCAUCCAAAAUUUAUAACCAAGAGGAGCAAGUCAGCUUCUGCAGCACCUUACAAGAGUGCUUUCCUUUACUUAUGUCAAGUCCAGCAGGCUGCUUAACAAUUUGCCGAUUACUAGAUAUUAUGACCGCGAAACAACGCAAAAAAUUUAUUCAAUCCUGGAAGCAACAUUUGAUUCUUCCCCUUGAUGUUUGUAUGAAUGCCGUUAGCUACAUUGUUCUUUUAAAACUUCUUACAACGGUCGACGAUACGAAACUUUUAAAAGAAGCAAUAAUAGACCCUCUGUUAAAAUUCAAAACAAAAGCAACUUCUAAAAGCGCCGAUAUUUUUUCCGAUAUCCAACACAUCUCAACCAUAUGCUCUUCAAAUAUUGGUCAAAAAACCUUCUUACUGAUUUUAAGCAAAAAAUUAACUACGUAUAUGUCUUUAAAAGAGUGUUCACUCUUAAACAGUGAAACACAAAUAAGUAAAAAGGAUAAAGAAACCCGUCGAGCUGAAUUGCUUCCUUCCUUUUUACAAUCUUUACAACAUGUCUUUUCAAAAAUACAACCUGCUGACUUUUUAAAAUCCUGGAUGCAAAGUAAAGCAUGUCGCAAUGUUCUUACGGAAUACAUGCAAAUUUCCAGAGACCCACAUAUACUUGAUUUACUAGAAAAACUUUUAGAUGACCCGUCCAGUCUACAAAAUAUUUGGGAUCACCAAGUUGCUCAGAGAACCUUACUUAACAUUGUACGCAUAGGGUCAAAUUUAAAUAAAACGCUGGAAGAAACCGUUGAGAUUUCACAAUUACCUCGUCUUUCAAACAAUACUUUCUUUGUUAUUCAUUUAUGGAAUCUAAUAAUUCAAAAAGCCUUAUUUGAUAAAAUUGUGAUGACUCGAGGAGUUUUUAUUAUAGUUGACCUUUUAAAAAUAUUACAAGCAACAUCUCUCGUUUCUGCACUCCAACUGAAAUCGUUUGUAUCUAUGGCGAACGCUUCAUUAAAACAGCAGAAUCUUCACGAACGCCAAGGCAUUCAACUCUUAAAAAAACACCUACAAGAAUUGUAAAAGCUCACAGGAGAAAACAAAUGAGUUAAACUUCAAUUAUUUCCCCUUAUUAUUGCAUAAAUGAAUACUUGUCUAGUCGUUAUCAUACGAGUAACGAGUAGAGCAUGGUGUUUUCAAACAUUCCACACAAGCGAACUAAAAAAAAAAAAUAUGUGAAAAAAAUUAUUUUUUAAUGUUUAAAAAAAAGUUUA